UCAUACUACACCUAAAAAAAGGCAAGUACUUGUUACCCUCUCAAACAUGUCGUUGAUCAAUCGCCCUCGUGUUACAGUCAAUGGAAUCAGAAGAAUGAGAACUUUUCAUUUCUUCUGGUGUCAAAAUUGCCAAAGUAUUUCAAGGUUCACCUCCAUAAACCGGCUAGAAAUCUUUUGUCCAAAUUGCUAUAGUGGAAUGAAUCAUGAGCUUGAUGUGUCAAGGCCAAGGUUUUUUGCUGAUAUAACUGGCUUAGAGUCCUCUCCGGGUGCACGGUUUUUGGUUUCGUUGGCGCAAAUGCUUGAUCCUCCUACGAGGGGGCAGGAUGCUGAUUCUGGCAGAAGAAUCAGAUGGGUGCUCGGAAGUGCCAAUGGACCUUGGAUUACCCUCCAGUUUGUUGAACCUCCGAGCCUACAAAGGCCCACUAUUGCGGCACCAGCUCCUGCUGUUCCACCUAGUAAUAAUGCUAUAAACAGAAGCAAUGUUGACAAUAUCGGUAAUGCUGAGAAUGAUCUGCUCACUGAAGAUAUGAUUGAUCAUUCUGAUCUGCCAGGACCACCUCCUGCACCAGUUUCAGCAAUUGAAGCAUUGCCAAUUGUGAAAGUUACAGAACAGCAUUUGAUGAACGAUAUGCGUUGUCCUGUAUGUAAGGAGAUAUUUGAGGUUGGUGGUGACGCGAUGGAGUUACCGUGCAAGCAUUUGUACCAUUCUGAUUGUGUUGUUCCUUGGUUGAACUUGCAUAACACUUGUCCUGUUUGCCGGUAUGAGCUGCGUGACGAAUCUGACAAUGAUCUUCCAGGAGAAAAUGCUCAGUUUUUCGGCUUUGAAGAGGUGACAAACAGCAUAAAUUGGCUGAGGAAUCGGCUCCAUUCUCUACGGCCGAUUCGUGCAUUCUCUGAUUGGACACAGCGAUACCUUGAUUUCUUGGACAGUAGACUUGCUACUUCGAAUGGAGCUCGAUCAUGGUGGCGCUCUUGGCUCAUAUUAUAACCUCGAAUUCCAAUUUGAAGUUGUUCAUAUAUAGUCGCCUCAUGAUUGAAUCAUUCCUUAGGCAGGUAUGUCUAUCUACCAUUAAUUUUUAAAGGUAGCAGAGAUGAAAGAUAUUGAACCUUAACAGGUAUGCCAUACAUAUCUUUAUUUUUCUACUUCGAUGUCCAUAAAAAUGCCUCAAUUUUCCUAACCCAACUUUUGUUUUGUGAUUUAGCAGUUGCUAAAAUGACUAAAGUUGCUAAUCGGAUUAGCUUCAUAUAUGUGUUCUAAUGUUUCUCUCUUCCUUUAGAAGUUGCAUUUUCAUACAUGUUGAAAAUAAGAGGGCCGUGAUUAUAGCUAGGUAAAGGAGGAUCUUCAUAUAUUUGACCUUAUCACCUUACUAGAGGGAUCAAGGUUGGGAGAAUGAAGAGCAUUUGAGCGAGAGAAGUCUUGAGAGGGGACUGUAAAAACAAGCAUGUUGUCACUGUAAUGCCAAUUGGUACAAGCAAUGGCAAUGCUUUUUGGUUAAAAUCUUCGGUUAAAAAUUCAGUUACACAGGGUCUAAUUUAUUUAGAAAUCCUGAAUAUAUUAUGGACUAAUUAGUUUGAUCUCCCGUUUAUGUUUUUAUUUUUUAAUUGACUUCUUGUAAUCUCUCUUCUCUUUCAGUUUAGCAAGCAAUCUAAAUAUUCCAACAUAAAUGGUCAUUUCUUAAGGCCGGAAUAACAUACUUUUAUAGACAAAGUAUAAUAAGACAAGCAUCCACAAUCUUUGCUCUUGCAUCUUAGCUUUUGUAUCAUUCGAUUCUGUCCCUUCCAUCUAUGUCACAAACUUGCCUUUUGAAAUUUCAAGAGUUAUUAGGCCUACAAAAAUGGCUACAAAGUUUUUGUUCAUAAACUUUUGCUCGCUGUUUUCACCAACACUCUCAAGUAUCACCUCCAAUGAAAUGGAUUCAUGGUGCUACAAAACCCCAUGCCCUGAACCAAGAAUUUAAAACAACUCACAACUCUUGGCUGCAG